GCGGAGCUGCUGCUGCCGGCGAUGCAAAGCCUGGUGUUAAUGCUGGUGGUCAGAGCGAUCCUGAGCCCAAGACAGGUCGUUCGCAGCGCGCAGAGGUGGUUUGAUCGCGACAACAAAGGAAGAUUCUUUGCUAUUGGCUUUCCCUCGCUUGUAAGUGCUGCUCUCGGCUUUCUCCUGUGACUGCAGGCUGUUUGCAGACUUGAUCCAAUGAAGUCGAAUGUGUUGUGGUCAUUUCUUUACGUGCUUGGAAUAUGCUUAUUGAUGGCAGAAGGACGGUUGCAAAUGAAAAUGGCUAGGAAGCUUUAUGCACGUGGACUCGCUCUCCUUCAAAAGGGUGAGCCUUCAUAUUUGAUGAAGAAAAAAGUGUACUAUGGCCAUGAUGGUCUUUAUGGAGCUUGUGAAAAGAACUAUUGUGGCCGUGGGCAACAGUGUAUCGUAAGUAAAGAGACUGAACUGCCAGAGUGUGUGUGCAUACAUCAAUGCAAGCCCAAUUAUGUUCCGGUUUGUGGCUCUGAUGGGAAGUUUUAUGAGAAUCACUGCGAACUGCAUCGUACUGCCUGCCAACAGAGGAAGAGAAUCCACAUUGUAGACAACAAAGAAUGUUUCUUCCAAGGUGGGCGGUGUAAAUUGGCAGACUACAGCAGAUUGAAAAGCAUGUUGCUGGACCUACAGAGUCGAAGGUAUUUCCAAGAGGAAAAUAUUACAGUGGAGACAACAACACAGAAGAGAGUUUUGGUGGAGAAUAUGUUCAAGUACUUUGACACCAGUGGGGAUGGACUUAUAGACAACAGUGAACUAGCACAGGCAAUGACACAGGAUACGCUUGAUAAUGACCCAUUUGACUGCAAUCUAUUUGAUCUUCUUCAGUACGAUGAUUACAAUAAUGACAGGGUGUUGACAUUAGAGGAACUCUACACAGCAUUCCAGGUUGUUCAGCUGAUUCUCCCUGAAGAUAAGAAGAUCAGUGUAACCACAGUAACAGUGGGACUGAGUGCUGUAUUAUCAUGUGCUAUUCAGGGCAUCUUGAGACCACCAAUCAUCUGGAAGCACAAUGGGAUCAUUUUAAAUUUCUUGGAUCUAGAAGAUAUCAAUGACUUUGGGGAUGAUGGCUCUCUUUACAUUACUAAAGUUACAACAAUCCAUAUGGGAAAUUAUACCUGUCAUGCUUUCGGCUAUGAUGAGCUUCUCCAGACCCACAUCCUGCAGGUGAAUGUUCCUCCAGUAAUCAGAGUAUAUCCCGAAAGCCAGGCACAAGAACCUGGUGUGAGUACCAGUUUAAAAUGUCAUGCUGAUGGAAUUCCUAACCCCAAAAUUACCUGGCUGAAGAAUGGUCUAGAUAUUACUUCAACAUUACCUAACCAACUGGUGCUAUUAGCAAAUGGAGGUGAAAUUCACAUUAACAGUGUGCGUUAUGAAGAUACAGGGGCGUACACUUGCAUUGCAAAGAACGAUGCAGGAGUUGAUGAAGACAUCUCGUCUCUUUUUGUUGAAGAUUCAGCUCGAAAGACUCUUGCAAACAUACUGUGGCGAGAGGAAGGACUUAGUGUUGGAAAUAUGUUCUAUAUAUUCUCUGACGAUGGAAUCACAAUAAUUCAGCCCACAGGAUGUGAGAUUCAAAGACAGAUCAGAGCCAAUGACAGGAUCCUUGCAAGCUUUGAAGAGAUUUGUCCCAGCAAUGAACAGAAAACCACUCAAAAAUGUAUCUGGGCCUCUGCUGUCAACAUAAGAGAUAAGUACAUCUAUGUCUCCCAACCCACACAGAGUCGGCUUCUUAUCAUUGACAUUCGAUCCCAGAAGGUGUUACAGGCUGUAUCAACAGAUCCUGUCCCAGUGAAAUUGCAAUAUGACAAGUCACAUGACCAAGUUUGGGUCCUUAGCUGGGGAGAUGUAAGGAAAAGGAAUCCUACUUUGCAGGUCAUCACUCAGGCAAGUGGAAAUGGAGACCAUCACACAAUCCAUACACAACCAGUUGGCAAACAGUUUGAUCGGGUGGAUGAUUUUUUCAUUCCUCCAACUAACCUCAUCAUCAAUCACAUCAGAUUUGGAUUUAUUCUUCACAAAUCAGAAGCUGUACUUCACAAAAUCGAUCUAGAGACUAUGGUCUACAUUAAAACAAUCAGCUUGAAAAACUACAGCUGCAUUCCACAAGCAAUGGCCUAUACUCACCUGGGUGGCUAUUAUUUUAUUACUUGUUUGGCAAAUGGCUCAACUUCUCAGCCACAGAUCAUCUUAGACAGUGUUACUGAUUCUCUAAUCGGAUACAAUGAUGAAGUGUCAGGUAGACCAUAUAUCUCCCCUGAUGGGCACUACCUUGUCAGCACAGAUGACGACAAGGGGUUGAUUAGAGUCCAAUCUAUUAGCUACCGGGGUGAGAUCAAGUCUACAUUUAAUAUUACUACCAAUCUACACAUUGUUGAUGUGAUCUUUCAGCCAUCCUUCACAGAAGCCAACCAAUAUUACAUCUAUGCUAGUUCUCGUCUCCAAACAGAUCUGCUAUUCCUGGAGCUCUCCACAGGCCAUGUUAACAUCAUUAGGGGUGUAAAGGAUCCCAUCGAACAGAAUGACUGGCUGUGGAAUAACAACAAUAGGGUAGUAGUAGGCAGUGGCCUAUUUGGACAGCACCUUGUUACCCCAUCAAAGGAUUCCCUGUUCAUUAUAGGUGCAAGACAAAACAAAUUAAACUGUGAGAUAUCCAACAUUAUACGAGGCAACACAAUCGUGUGGGUUGGGGAAGCAUGAGAGGCUACAGAGUGGAGCUUAUAUCUAUCCAAUGACCUGUUACACUGCUUUUAAGACAACUGUACAGUUAACAUCUGCAUUUUUUACACUGAAAAGCAAUCUUAAUGUGCACAACUAUGUUGCUGAACUUAACAGUGUUUUGAACAUUAUUAACGUGAGUGUUAGGAUGCAACUCUUGGUUGAAUGAUAAAUUAAUCCUUUAAGUGUUAACCUUUUUUGUUUUGUAAAUCACUUAGUGUCUGUCCCAUUUCUGCAAAAAAGAUGUAUAUUUUCUAUAACUUUCACUGUGGACUACCAUAAAUGUGGAGUAAAAGACUAAAUGAGCAACAAGGUAUUUCUUUUCACAGUCCUUUUGCAGUCUAGAAACUAAAAUUGUUGUUAUUACAAACUUAUUUUGAAAUCAAUCUUAUUGUUCCACUCCUUUUAAUUCAAGUGAAAUUGCCAUAUGACAGCGCUCAAAGGAUCACAAAGCAAAAAACAAUAAAGGUCCAAGUUGAUUGGAAUUAUUCAGUUAAUUGUUGUUUAAAUAGUUGCCUUUACCCCACUAAUCCAGUGACUCUCUUAAUAUGUUUUAUCAAUGUAGAUGGUGUGAUCUUCUACAUUGUAUAAAUUUGCUUCUGUAGCUUUGUGCCAUAUGGUGAUAUACAGUCCUAAAAUGACAGAGCUAGACACGAGUGUGGUGAUAAAUUCACACUAUUGUCAAUGCAUUAAUUAACACUUAUGCUGUAUGAGCAUUGCUUAGUGCUGGAUGAGUGGACUUACGUAAAAUUUCCACAGUUUUUUAAACACAGAUGUAAUGAUGACUGUGGUAUCUGAAAGUACAAUUCCAAUUAGCAGAAUGUUGAAAUUGCCCUGAAUUCAAUUUAACAUCCAGCUCACCUUAAAACAUUAGACAAUCAUCACUGAGCACAUCUCCCCAGUGGCUUUGAAAUGUCCCCUUGCAACUGAUCAGGCAACUUUUUUCCCAGUCAAAAGACAUUGAAUACCUUUUUAUCAUAUGUAAAGAAACCACUGACUUUUUCCUUGCCUACACUGCUCCAAGAAAAUGCAAUUUGAAAACUUAUCUUUUCACCAAGUCUAAUAACUACCUAAGGGAAACAAAAGUGAACAUUUCAACCAAAGGGCAAUGGAAUUCUGCAGGGUUUCUUCAAGCUUAAGUACAUUCUUUGUUUUCCAGAAGUAAGAUUCUUUUAAUGCUGUAUGUGGCGCUGUUUCAUGGAACUAUGGGUCUCCCCAUUUCAUUUGCUAUUACAGUCUCAGAAUGAACAGUUGGAAUACACCUGAUUUAAUAAACGUGCAACUGAAAGAUAAAGUUUAUACAGAAACUGACUAGAAAUGAGCUUUUCUGCUUUCCUAGCAUAUUAUAAUAAAGGUCAAAUAUGUAAUUGAAAAUACUGUAUAGUAUAACAUAAUAAUUUAGGACUUUUUUUCAUUUUUGUUCUCAUAAGUACGAUUACCAAAGUUUUGUAGAUAGCAACCACAAAACCUUGACAAUUAUGGUAUAUGGCUUUAUGACAUUAUUAUGCAUAUCAUUAAUAUUUUGUGCAUUUACACAACCAAAAAUAACAUCAUACAAGGUCGAUCUAAGUUUGUAAUAUUCCCAACUAAAAUAUUUGCCACACCUUUUCCAUUAUCAGUCAAUGACCACUGUCUGGCAUUGAACAAUUUUAGCUCUUUAACACAGUACUGAGGAUUAAAGUGUAAACUGAAGCUCAGUAUUUGAGAAGUACACUAAAGAUGGAUGAGAUUUUCCCAGAGUUGACUAUAACAAAUAUUGAUUGAGAAUGUGCAGUGAACAAAUAUAAUGAUCCAAACAUCCACAAACAGUUUGGGAACCAUUAAAGUACGCAAAUGCCACAUGUGAAAAACAACAGUAUAAACUGCAUUGUCAGUUUAGUUGUAGGGUUGGGACUUGGGAUUUCAACUGCACAAUGUGAAAAGCAAAUAUCAGCAAGCACAUAGUGAUCUUUUACUGACCAAUAAAAAUCACAAGAGGAUAAAUGGAACUUUCAUCCUUUUAUAUUUGUCCAAUUCUCUGCUCCGUGAAUUAUGUUUCCCCUUUCCUCCUCCUCCUACAUCAAAGCCUUCCUGCCGAAAGGACAAGACAGAAAAGCUCGCAGUGAGAGCUCUCUUUAUUCCUCUUGGGAAUUAGCCAGCAUCAGCUCAGUGUUUCCUGCGCACUGAGAAAUUUGUUAGAUGGGCAAAUUCUUGAUUCAAGCUGGAAUAAAAUGACCAAUAAAUAGGUAACCCUCCUCCAUUGCAGUGUAGGGACAGAAUACAUGCAGAGGAACCAUGUUCCACUCAAGAUAUACAAAGGUGACUCAAUGAAAGAUUUUCAUAUGAAAAAUGUUAGUCCACAGCAUGGAACCAAACAUUCUAAUACCAUUUUUCAAGGGCAAUUUUUAAGAUGUGAUAGACUCAUAGAUGUGUACAAUACAGAAGAAGGAAUUUGAACCAUCAUGUCUGCACUGGUCAGCAAAGAUCUGACUAUGCUAAUUCCAUUUUCCAGAUCUUGGCCCAUGGUUCUGGAGGUUAUGUCAGUGCAAGUGAAUAUCUAAAUACUACUUAAAUGUUACAAGAGUUUCUGAUUCAACUAUCAUUUCAAGCAGUGAGUCCCAAACACCCAACACCCUGCAGGUGACAAUAUUCUCCUCAACUAUCCUCUUAGCCUUAUACCUCUUAUUAAAUCUAUGCCCCCCCAGUCAUUAACGCUUCUACUAAUUGAAAAAAGUGCCUUCUUAAUUACCUUAUCAAUAACUCUCAGACACCUUUAUUAGGACCCCCUCGACCUUUGCUACUCAGAGGAAAGCAACUGCAGCUUAUUCAAUCUUUCCUUAGAGCUCAGACCCUUGACUCUGGGCAGCAUCCUGCUAAAUCUUCUCUGCACCCUUUCUGGUGCAUUCACAUCCUUCCUAUAAUGCGAUGACCAGACUGCAUACAAUACUCCAGUUGUGCUGAACUAGCAUUUUAUGCAAUUCCACAAUUAUCUUUUUGCUGUUGCAUUCUAUGCCUCAACUAAUAAAGACAAAUAUCUCAGUAAGUCUUCUUAAGCCCCUUUUCCACCUGUCCUGCUACCUUCGGAGAUCUAUGAAUAUUCAUGCUAAAGUCCCUCUGAACAUUGGUAUUUUUCAGGAUCUGGCCAUUUAUAGUUUAAUCCCUAGCCAUGCUAACCCUUCCUAAGAACAUUACCUCACACUCGUCUAGUGAGAUGCCACAGCUCUGCAGUUUGCAACAAUCCCCCUCACUUCUUCCCACCACAUGAUCAUCAUGUCACGUGUGAACAUCCUGAUCAUUCACUCUACACUUAAAUUUUAUUUAUUAACAUAUACCACAACCAGCAAGGGCACUGACACCAAAUCCUACUGAUCCCCAAUGAAAUUCACAAUAAAAUAAUCAUCCCUGUUUCCUGCCUCUCAGCCCAUUUUGGAUCUAAUGUAUCACUUUGCCUUAGAUCCCAUGGGCUGUUAUUUUCUUGACCAUUAGGAACUUAACAAAAGCCUUGCUAAAGUCCAUGUAGAUCACAGCAGCCCUGGUUGCCUCCUCAAAUCAACUGCGCAAGGUUGUCAAACACAACCUCCUCAUAACAAAUUCUUGCUCCCUGUCCCUAAUACAUUCAUGUCUCUCCAAGUGGAGAUAUAUUCUAUCCCUCAGAAUUCUUUCUAAUAACUUCCCACCACUGAGAUUGAACUGACUGGCUUGUAAUUUCCUCCUGUUUUGUUCAUAAUGGGACAAUGUUGGUUGUCGUCCAGUUGUCUGAUACCUCACUUUUGACUAAAGAGGAUCUGGAAGUUAUUGCCAAGAUCUCUGCUGUCGUCUGCCUUGCCUCCAUUAGCCCAGGGUACCUCUCCUCCAGGCCUGCAGAGUUAUCUACUGCAAAGCCUACUGGUACCUCCUCUCUGUUUAUGUUUAUUCCUUCUAACAUUGCACAGUCAUCCAUCUGAUACCUGCACCUACAGCAUACUUUUUCAUUUAUGAAGACUGAUGCAAACUAUUCAUUGAGGACUCUGUACACAUAUUUUGGGUCCACACAUAUUAAAAUUAGAGGCUAUAAUGAACCCUAGUCAUUGCCUAAUUAUUCACUUGCUCAUUUUUUUUUUGAAACAAUUUUGUGUUUUCUUUUCUUCAACUUGAACUCUUUCAACUUUCAUAAUUUUCCUUUAAGACCCACCCCCAGCCCAUUUUUAUUCUCUUCUGGGGACUCUGCCAUAGUGAACUCUUAAUUUCUGGCAUAAAGUUCUAUUUAUUUUUACUGCUACCUUUAUGUCCUUUGAUAGGUUCUCAGGUCUUGGUGUCUUCCUUUUUACAGGAACUUAUUUGCCCUCAACUCUCACUCAUUCAACUUUAAAUGUUCUAUGACAUUUUUAUCUUCAAGUAGCAACUUUCAGGCCACUUGGGCCAAAUGUACCUUAUCCUAGUAAAUUAACCUCUUCUCAGUUUAGAAUUUUUAUUCCUGGCCUAUCCUUAUCCUUUUUUCAUAACUAUCCUAAAUUUAACUGAGUUAUGGUCACUAUCUCCAAAAUGUCCACCCACUGAUGUAGCUGCCCAGCCUCAUUUAUGAAUAUGACAUCCAAAACUGCCCCAUUCCUUGUUGGGCUUCCUAUGUACUAGCUAAAAAAAUUUCUUGGAUAUGAUUUCAGAAUUUUGCUGCCUCUAUACUGUGAUGUAAGGUGUAUGAUUUAUAUAUAUAUAUCAAUAUAAUUUAUUUUUGUGUGUGGAUUUGAGAUAGUGGCAUGUGGGUUUUGGUCUGUGUGUCUGAAGGGAGCUUAAGGAUUAACUUGUAAGUAUUUCUGUAGCCAUGGUGAAUUUUUCAAAGGUCAGUCUAAGAGAGAUAGUUUUUGAAGGCAAAUUGGAAAUUGUUGACAUUAGAAGUGUAGCAUGAAAAGAAAGCUUUUGAGUUUCAGUUUGGCAGUUUUCUAGAAGUCUCGGCUGAAGUUGGAUGUGUAAAACAGUUGCUUCUCAUGAAAGGAGAAGGUUUAGAACUAUUGAGAAAUAGAUUACCAUCAGUGUAUGCAGUUUAAUUUGAAAGCUUGGUUUCAAUCCUAAAAGAGUUAUUUGAACCUGAAAGAGUCUAAGCUUACAUGUUUGAACUCUGCAGGAAGAGCCUUGCAUGUUCUCAAGGUGGGGAAUUGAAACUAAUUAAUUUAAUCCCUAUAGAUGCAAAAGAGAGGGGAUGUCUCUCGGAUGUGAAUCCUGAGGUUUUGUGGAGAUUAAUGAAAUUGUAUUUCACAGUGUAUUUUUACGUCUUUAAACUGUGUUAUAUGUGAAUAGUUUGUUUUUUUUAUUUUAUCUUACUUUCUUUCA